GAGCUAGGAGUACUUUGCCCCUGCUGACCGCAACUACAGGAGCUGCUGAAGUCUGGCGGCACUUUGCAGUGUUUAAGUCCGUAACUAGGGAAACACUACUUCCGCUGACGUCAUCACGGCGACACGUGGAUCCAAGAUGGCGGCUGCGAUGCAGGAUUGGUUCCGGUGGUCUCUGCUCCUUCUCUCCCUCACCUGUGAAACAAGAGCCUUCUAUGUCCCCGGGGUCGCGCCAAUGAACUUCCACCAGAACGACCCUGUAGAAAUCAAGGCAGUGAAGCUCACCAGCUCUCGAACCCAGCUACCUUAUGAGUACUACUCACUGCCCUUCUGCCAGCCCUUAAAAAUAACCUACAAGGCAGAGAAUCUGGGAGAGGUGCUGAGAGGGGACCGGAUUGUCAACACCCCUUUCCAGGUUCUCAUGAACAGCGAAAAGAAGUGUGAGGUUCUGUGCAGCGAGUCCAACAAGCCAGUGAUGCUGAACCGGGAAAAGAGCCGGCUCGUGGCAGAGCGGAUCACGGAGGACUACUAUGUCCACCUCAUUGCCGACAACCUGCCUGUGGCCACCCGGCUGGAGCUCUAUUCCAGCCGCGACGGUGACGACAAGAAGAAGGAAAAAGACGUGCAGUUUGAACAUGGCUACCGGCUUGGCUUCACAGAUGGCAACAAGAUCUACCUGCACAACCACCUCUCCUUCAUCCUUUACUACCACCGAGAGGACCUGGAGGAGGACCAAGAGCACACAUACCGUGUCGUCCGCUUCGAGGUGAUUCCCCAGAGCAUCAGGCUGGAGGACCUCAAAAUAGAUGAGAAGAGUUCAUGCACCCUGCCUGAGGGUACCAGCUCCUCGCCCCAAGAAAUUGACCCCAACAAGGAAAAUCAGCUGUACUUCACCUACUCUGUGCACUGGGAGGAAAGUGACAUCAAAUGGGCCUCUCGCUGGGACACCUACCUGACCAUGAGUGACGUGCAGAUCCACUGGUUUUCUAUCAUUAACUCCGUAGUCGUGGUCUUCUUCCUAUCAGGCAUCCUGAGCAUGAUCAUCAUUCGGACCCUCCGGAAGGACAUCGCCAACUAUAACAAAGAGGAUGACAUUGAAGACACCAUGGAAGAGUCGGGGUGGAAGCUGGUGCAUGGCGAUGUCUUCAGGCCCCCCCAGUACCCCAUGAUCCUCAGCUCCCUGCUGGGCUCAGGCAUUCAGCUCUUCUGUAUGAUCCUCAUCGUCAUCUUUGUGGCCAUGCUUGGGAUGCUGUCGCCCUCCAGCCGGGGAGCUCUCAUGACCACAGCCUGCUUCCUCUUCAUGUUCAUGGGGGUUUUCGGUGGAUUUUCUGCCGGCCGUCUGUACCGCACUCUAAAAGGCCAUCGGUGGAAGAAAGGAGCCUUCUGUACAGCGACACUGUACCCUGGUGUGGUUUUCGGCAUUUGCUUCAUACUGAAUUGCUUCAUCUGGGGAAAGCAUUCAUCAGGAGCGGUGCCCUUUCCCACCAUGGUGGCCCUGCUGUGCAUGUGGUUCGGGAUCUCCCUGCCCCUCGUCUACCUGGGCUACUACUUUGGCUUCCGCAAGCAGCCGUAUGACAACCCCGUGCGCACCAACCAGAUUCCCCGGCAGAUCCCCGAACAGCGGUGGUACAUGAACCGAUUUGUGGGCAUUCUCAUGGCUGGGAUUCUGCCCUUCGGUGCCAUGUUCAUCGAGCUCUUCUUCAUCUUCAGUGCAAUCUGGGAGAAUCAGUUCUAUUACCUCUUUGGCUUCCUGUUCCUCGUCUUCAUCAUCCUGGUGGUGUCCUGCUCACAGAUCAGCAUCGUCAUGGUGUACUUUCAGCUGUGUGCAGAGGAUUACCGCUGGUGGUGGAGGAAUUUCCUGGUCUCCGGGGGAUCUGCAUUCUAUGUCCUGGUCUACGCCAUCUUUUAUUUUGUUAACAAGCUGGACAUCGUUGAGUUCAUUCCCUCUCUCCUCUACUUUGGCUACACUGCCCUCAUGGUCCUGUCCUUCUGGCUCCUCACGGGCACCAUUGGCUUCUAUGCAGCCUACAUGUUUGUCCGCAAGAUCUACGCAGCAGUGAAGAUAGACUGACGAGGGCGGGCCACGGCCAGGCCCGCUCUGUCCACGGACAGGAGGCCACCCUGCGUGGGGAGCUGCAGGCAUGCAAAAUAAAGUGACGCCUGCUCGUUUGGAAUGUAACUCCUGGCACAGUAUUCCUGGAUCCCGGGGCUGGAUGCGUGGGGGGCGGGAGGGCCUGUAGAUACGUCUUGCAUUUUUCUUCAUCAUCUUACUCCAGUUCUGUGGGGGUAAGGUUCUCUGUGGGCGGUGUUUUCUCCAGUGCUAAGAAAGUUCCCUCCAGCAGGAACUCUCGGACCUGUUCAGGUUUAUUUUGGGUUAGGGUUUUUUUCCUUAGUUCUUUUUGUUAACAAUGGAUCCAGCAUGGAUAAAUGCACCGAGACACUGGGUUUUGGUCACUGUCUCCACCUCAGUUUCUCAGGGCUGUUGGCCAUCCCACAACUAACUGGAAGAGGAGCACUGGGCCUGCGGGGGCACCAGUGAGGUCUCCAAGCCUCUCAUCACCUGUCCGCACCAUUGAUGCCACCCCUACAAGCACAGCUCUAGCCGGACGCGCGCCCUCAGUGCCAUCCUGCCUCCACCAGCCACUCUCCUCCCUCUUCUGGCCUCCUCAGCCUCUUCCCAGGGCUGCCCACAGUAGGGCUGCUAGCCAGGCCUCUGGGUCAUCUUAUCACCAGGAGCAAGCCCAGUCUUGGUUGCUACACGGAGAUCCCCGGAAGUACUGGGGAGCAGCAGGAAUUUGCUGGACCAGAGAAGAGACUUGAAAUGAACUGUGUUUGUGCCAAGAAACCCUGGAUCUAGGGCCAGGUAUUUCCAGAGCCAAGCCAAGUAUCCAUGUGUCUGUCCGGGCUGAGGGUCUUCACCCCUCAGGAUUGCUCUGCCAGCCCCUUCUUGGGGGGCUGCUGUUCUUUGCAAAGUGUGCAGGUGGCAGGGCCUCUCCUCCCCACUUCCAGGGCAGAACAAGGCCUGGACCUCAGACCUCUUCUUUUAGGAGGCUGGGAAGAGGCCUUGGCUGCCUGACACCCCCCAGCCUCAGUGCCCACGCACAGCUCUUUUAGCCAAACCCACCUCCCCACCCCCAUCUGAGUUCUUGCCUCCUUUGGGGGACACCCAGAAAACUGCUGGUGAGAAGAGAGAUGGAAGGUAAGUUCUGUCAUUUCUUCCCCGGUUCCCGGGAAUAGAUAGGCAAGGAGCCCAGUUUCCCCAAGUUAAAGGACGCCAACACAGCAGGUCUGGCUCCUUUGUCAACACUCGGGGCUAAGGCCCCCACCCACUCUGUUCACAUCACACUUGCUCUUAAAUUACAAGAGACCAAACCCACCCAAGGAUUAGGGACUAAGUAACAGUCACUCACCCCUGUUCCAGCCCCUUUGGGACGCCCACUACAAGACAAAGGUCAGGAUGCUGGUUAAGCUAGGAACACACUCUUCCCCCCUCCCCCCCAUCCCUCCAGCAGUCCCAGCCCCACCAGUGAAGCCAGUGAACUUCUCAACCUUGCCUCACAGUGACGCCACUGCCACGUGGCAGCCACGAAGAAUCAGGUUGCAGAAAAGGAGCCCAAGCAGUAGAGAAUGACAAUGAAAUCUUGUUUCUUCAAAUCUUGCAUUUCUUUUUUUCCCUAAGAGAGUCUUUUUAGGGGGAGUAGGGAAAUGGACUUCUAGUAAAGGAUUUAUGCGUCAUCAGUUUUUCUUACUUUUUAAAUCAUCGUCAUUAUUUUUAAUUAAAAAAUGCCUGUAUGCCUUUUUUGGUCCAAAUGUAAAUAAAUAUGCCAUUGUCCUGUU